AUGGCUCGCUUCUCCGGAAAAACUGUCAUAAUCACUGGAUCCUCCAACGGAAUCGGCAGAUCUGCUGCUCUUUUGUUUGCUCAAGAUGGAGCAAAUGUGACAAUUACAGGAAGAAAUGCUGAUCGUCUUGAGGAGACAAGACAACUUCUUCUGAAAUCUGGAGUCUCGGAGAAAAAUAUUAACUCAGUAGUGGCUGAUGUGACAACAUCCGAUGGGCAGGAUCAGUUGGUCAACACAACUUUGAAGAGAUUUGGAAAACUUGAUAUUUUGGUUAACAACGCUGGAGCAGCAAUCACUGAUGGCUCUGGAGUGACUGGAACUGAUCAGAACAUUGAUGUCUAUCACAAAACAUUGCAACUAAACCUUCAAGCAGUUAUCGAGAUGACCCAGAAAGCGAAACCUCACUUGAUCGAAUCAAAAGGAGAAAUUGUGAAUGUUUCCAGUAUUGUCGCAGGACCACAAGCGCAACCUGGUGCCAUAUACUACGCAAUCGCCAAGGCUGCUCUCGACCAAUACACCAGAAGUACUGCAAUUGACCUUAUUCAAUAUGGAAUCAGAGUGAACUCUGUGAGCCCUGGAAUCGUCGCAACUGGAUUCAUUGGAGCAAUGGGAAUGCCAGAUGAUAUGGCAAGGAAGUUCUACGACUUCUAUCCAUCCCAUAAAGAAUGCAUCCCUGCUCGGGUUUCUGGUCAACCAGAAGAUAUUGCCAAUGUCAUUGUCUUCCUUGCUGACAGAAAACUCUCUUCCUAUAUUAUUGGACAGUCGAUUGUCGCAGAUGGAGGAUCCACCUUGGUCAUGGGAAUGCAAGCUCACGAUAUCAUGGACAUUUUGAAACCUUAA